CUGGUGUUAUGGCAAGUAACAUGUAGUAGCAUAUAUAAUGCGAAAUCAAAGCUUUCAGAUAACUGCAAAAACCAAACUCUCCUCUAUUUGCUUCACUUUUUUACUUAAGCCUGAAUUAACUAUUCUUAGCUCCAUGAAUAUUCAAGUAAUCUUACUAUUAUUAUUAUUUGUUACAUUGAAUUCAUGUUCUCUUAUCAAAAGUUUGCAGCACCCGCUAGACCCUCUAAGCCCUAAAGAGAUCAAUAAAAUUAGAACUAUAAUACAAAAUUCUCAUCUCAAAACCCUUUCUAAUUUAACCUACCACUUUCUGGAUGUUGAAGAACCAAACAAAGAUGAUGUUUUACAUUGGCUAUCAUCACCAGAAAGAAAAGAAAAUCGCUUUUCUCGUCGCGCCAAGGUGGUGGUCAUAGGUGGUAGACAAACACAUGAACUCAUAGUAGACUUAUCAAAAGGGCUAAUUGAGUCAAACCAUGCUCACAAUGGUCAUGGUUACGCUUCACUCACAUUCGAAGAGCUUCUUCAAGCAAGCUUACUCUCAAAAAAAGACCCUAAGUUCUUAAAUUCCCUCACAAGAAGAAAUCUUAACAUCUCUCAAGUUUCAUGCCUUCCUCUCACAAAAGGUUGGUUUGGAGAAGUUAUGUCAAGAAGAGAAGUUAAGAUUACAUGUUUUUAUAGAAAUGGAACUACUAAUAUUUAUGCUAGGCCUAUUAAUGGGAUAACCAUAGUAUUUGAUCUGGAAUUAAUGAAGGUUACAAAAUAUAUGGAUCGUUAUCGAGCUCCAUUGCCUACGGCUGAAGGUACCGAGUUCCAUGCACGUCGACUUGAGCCCGGCCCAACUUAUCCUAACACAACAAAUAGUAAAUUUAGUAUCCAAGGUAAUGUGAUUAGAUGGGGUGAUUGGAAAUUUCAUGUUGCAUUUAAUUCAAGAGCAGGAAUGAUUAUAUCUACUGCUUCCAUAUAUGAUUCAAAGGAAAAAAGGUAUAGGAGGGUUUUAUACAGAGGUCAUGUUUCUGAGACGUUUGUACCAUACAUGGAUCCGACUGAAGAUUGGUAUUAUAGGACGUUCAUGGACGUUGGCGAAUUCGGGUUCGGAAAAGCAGCAGAUAGCCUUCAACCAUUUAUUGAUUGUCCAGGAAAUGCUAAAUUUAUUGAUGGCUAUUUGAUUGAUGCUUUGGGUAUGCCUAAUAAGCUUCCUAGAGCUAUAUGCUUAUUUGAAAGGUAUUCUGGUGAUGUUGCUUGGAGACAUACUGAAAUUGGAGUUCCUGGAAAAGUGAUAAGAAAUGGAGAGCCAGAAGUUACACUGGUUGCAAGGAUGAUAGCUACAGUUGGAAAUUAUGACUAUAUUCUUGAUUGGGAGUUUAGGCAAACUGGUUCCAUCACAGUCGGGGUUGGAUUAACGGGAGUAUUAGAAAUGAAGGCAACAUCCUAUACAUCAACUGACCAAAUAACAGAAGACGUUUACGGCACCUUGGUAGCACCCAACACAAUCGCCGUCCACCACGAUCACUUCGUCACAUAUUAUCUGGACCUCGACGUCGACGGUAGCGAAAACUCCUUCGUAAGAUCUUCGUUACAGACAGAGAGAGUAAGGGGAUUUCCAUCGCCUAGGAAAAGCUAUUGGAGUAUAAAGAAGAAAGUAUUGAAAAGAGAAGCCGAUGCAAAAAUACGGCUUGGCUCGGAGCCAGCUGAGUUGAUCAUGGUGAAUCCUAAUAAGAAAACUAAUGUCGGAAAUCCAGUUGGUUACCGACUAAUCACGGGACAACCAGCUUAUUCUCUUCUUGCUGAUGAUGAUUAUCCUCAAAUGCGUAAUGCUUAUACCAAGUAUCAGGUCUGGGUGAUUCCUUAUAAUAAGUCAGAAAGGUGGGCUGGUGGCUUUUAUGCGGAUCAAAGCCAUGGGCUUGACGGCCUAGCUGUAUGGACCCGCAGGAAUAGAAGGAUAGAGAACGAAGACAUUGUGUUGUGGUAUACCAUGGGAUUUCAUCACGUCCCAUGCCAAGAAGAUUUUCCCAUUAUGGCAACCUUGCAAAGCAGUUUCGAGCUUCGACCUACAAACUUUUUUGACAAAAGCACAAUACUUUAUAAAGCAUGAGACCAUAUAUGAUUAUUGUAAUUGAAACUCUGGAAGAAGAUACAUUUACAAAAUGUAUUUGAUGAAAAACUGACACUAAAUUAUUAAUUAAAAGUUAUGCUCAAAAUAAAUAAAUAAAUUGGAUGAUGUA